AUGGCGCCCGGCGGGGCAGCCUUGGGCGCGGACCCGUCGCUUGAGAUGAUGACGGGGUGCUUCGAGGGCGCAAGCCGCGAGCACCUUGCUUCGGGCACGCAGACUGCCCGCAACACCCUGGUAGGAGCAAAGACUCGGUCCAGCGGGGCCGCAACUGCCUCCGAGAGAGCAAGCGCCACAUCACGUGGCGCAAAGGGCAGCAGAGCGUCACGCAAGCGCGACGUCGCGCCGCCCGCCGCCCCGAGACCGAAGAGACGAGGCACCAGAGCGGCGUCGCAGUCCACGUCGUCGCGCCCAGCCGUCCGUGGCAGGGCGAUGCGGUCCCACGGUGCGCCGUGCGCGUCUGACUCCGACCAAGAUUCCGAAGACGACCUGGACGCUGAGCUCGAGGCGGAGCUGGAGGCCGAGCUGAGCAAGGCCCUCGCGCCGUCGCAGCCGGGCGCACGACAGCCCGCCAGCGCGGCGACUCGGCGGGUCACCCGCGCCUCCGCGCGCAGCAACGCGACGACAUGCGCGGACUACGCCGGCCUCGCGUCCCCGUUCCCCUCCGUCACCUCCACGCCGGUGCAUCCCGGCGACGCGUUGCCGACGGCGCCGGCGCGCGCCGCUGCGGCGAAGGCGCCGCCGGAGCCAGCCGCGCCGCUCGAGGACCCCUCCGUCGCGCUGGCGAGGAUCGGGGUCUCGAUCGAGGACUCGUGGUGGGCACCGACGGUCGCGAAGCUGUCUGGGCAACUGCCCGGGAUCCGCUCGCGAGAGGCGUUCGUGGAGGUCUCGGGGCUGUACCGCGACGCGCACAGGGUGUACUCGGAGCUCCAGAGCGCGCUGCGGAAGCUCAAGGACCACGUGCGGGCGCUGCGGAGGGUUGGAGAUGGCGGGCGCGCGGCGCGGCACUUCGGAGACGCCGUGCGGGGCCCCGCGGGCGCGAUGGACGCGGCGCAGCGGCGGCUGUUCGGCGCGCUCGCUGCCCUGAAGCGGCGCUGCGAGGCGUGGCAGGAGGCGCAGCGGUGA